AAAUAAUUCAGAAUGACUUUGGCUACAUUUAUAUUCAUCUUAUCAACUGUGUGCACCGCUACUUCCCAGAUGAUGCCUGGCAUGGGAAUGAACCCAGGCAUGGGCAUGAAUCCUGGUAUGGGCAUGAAUCCUGGUAUGGGCAUGAAUCCUGGUAUGGGCAUGAAUCCUGGUAUGGGAAUGAAUCCUGGUAUGGGCAUGAAUCCUGGUAUGGGAAUGAACCCUGGCAUGGGUAUGAACCCAGGAAUGGGAAUGGGACCGACAGGGAUGUGUCGACAGUUGACUCAGAGAUGUAAUCUAAGUGAUUUGAAAUGCUGCCCAGGAUUUAGUUGUCAAUCCGAAGGAAUUUCAUCAUCCGUCAGAUAUUGUAGAGCUGUCACUGGUUAAAACGUCAAUGUAUUCAGUUUGUUGGUAGUUUGCAGAUGAAAAAUACAUUGUAAAUGUUUUUUUUCUAUAAAUCUUUAUCGUGAAUCUU